AUGCUUAUUUUUUCAGUCUUCAAGACCCUCACGGAUCAACAGGUCACCGUGGAACUCAAAAAUGACCUUUCGAUAACAGGCGUCUUGAAGUCGGUUGACCAGUUUUUGAACAUUAGGCUAGACUCCAUCACAGUUCUCGAUGAAGCAAGGCAUCCUCACAUGAUGGCUGUCAAGAACUGCUUUAUCCGCGGAUCAGUUGUAAGAUAUGUCCAGCUACCAGCUGAACAUGUGGAUACGCAGUUAUUGGAAGACGCGACACGAAGAGGUAAGAUGCAUUAA